AGUAAGCGGCAGUCCCGCCGCGGGAGUUGAACAGCUGGUCGGGAAAAUUGAGCUCCUAUUGGAAAUUUUAGUUUAAAUAUGAUUUAAACACAAUUGCACACUAAAAUUUCGCGUUUUAUUGUGUCACAUAGUGCGCGCCAGCUGGGAGAAUGUUCAAACGCACAUUCAAAGUGGUUUAUCGGCCGAUUCGUAACAAUUUCUUGUUGCUGCCCGAUCAGUACUACGGUGUUGUUUCAACUUAUGACACUGGCUGCCUAAGCCUUCAGUAUAAUGGCCGUGUGCACUAUGCCUCUUGGGCGCCACAGGCGGGCGGCGGUGGCAUCAAAGACACCGAAAUUGGGAUCAAUGCCAGGGCGGCCAAGGAGCUCGGUCUGCAUGAAAAUGAUUUGGUCAAGUGCGCCCUCAUCGCUGACGUUCUAAAUCUGCGCAGCGUGCAUGUCACGCCCGUCUCGGCCAAAGAUUGGGAGAUCAUUGAGCUGAGCACGGAGAAAAUCUCUGGCAGCGUACUGGAACAAACGCGCAUUGUAAACUCAUCGCAAAUCUUGCUAGUCUGGAUUAACAAGUCGAUGCAAGUGGCGCUGACAGUGGAUCGCCUAAAGCCGCAUAUAAGCUAUGGACGUCUCGAUCACAACACGCAGCUGGUUGUUGCGCCAAAUCUGUUCAAGGGUUUGACCAAUGGCAAUGAUAACGACAACGCCGAGGAAAGCAAUAAACUCUCGCGCAGCAAGACCAGUGCGCAGGUGCGUGAUGAGAUGAAAACGACCCCGUCUGCCCUUGUUCACUCCGCAACAAUGAGCAAUGUGAAGAACAACUUGCAACGCAACAAGAGGCAGGAUCACAUGGAUCGUUUAAAGAAGGACUUGCGGCGUGAGAGCUCGCGUGUCUUUGAGUUUCGUGUCAUACAAGGACUCUGGCAUGAGAAGGCACAGGAAUCGGAUGUGUACAUAACGCAAUCGCAUUUGCCCGAAUUUAUGGAUCUGGAGCAGUUCUACAGCAUGCGCACCGCUGGCGAUAAGGAGUACUAUGUGCGUGUCCGACUAGCUGACGAUGAGGAGGAUGGAGAUUUGCCAGCCACCAUUCAUCCCUCCAUCGAGCUUAAUGCGAAUUUGAUGAAGCUACUGAACAUUAAGGAGCUGGAGCGCGUUGUGCUGCGCCCCAAAACGACGGUUGUGAACUUUGUGGAGAAGAUUGAGCUGUUUGCGCACAAGAAGACGCAUUACAAGAUUAUUGAGAAUGCAUUUAAGCGAUUUGUGAUUGAGAAAACUCAAAAAGCGGCCAUGUUGUUCAAUCAGGAGGAGGUGGUGCGCCUGGAGGACGAUCUGCUGGUGACAGUGGGUAUAUUGCCCGAACAUUUUCGGUAUUGCGUUGUGGACGCACAGUUCCUAAAAGAAUCGAAAAUCUAUGCCGCCGAUUUGGUGCGUCCCGUUAAUGAAAUCAUCAAGGAGCGACCGCCAGCAAAAACGCCACUGAGCGUCAAGGACUUGAUACGACUGCCAGAGUAUGAUCGAAUUGUGGAUCAAGUGGUCAGCGAGCUGCGCAUGAAUCUGUGCCUUAACUCACAAAACUCGGUGCUGCGCCAGGGCAAUGUGCUGCUGACCGGCGCCGCAGGUACUGGCAAAACGGUGCUAGUGGAGCGCAUAUUGGAGCAGUUAUCUCGCCAACCGGAUUAUUGCUACUUUGAUAUAUUCUACUGUUCGCGCAGUAAAGGACGCAAAACGGAAUCAAUACAAAAAGAUUUACGUAACAUAUUCACCUCCUGCCUGUUGCAUGCACCUGCAAUUGUGGUGCUGGAGAAUCUGGAUGUGCUGGCGCAUGCUGCCGGCGAGCAGUCCAGCCAGGAUGGCGAGUACUUCAACCGCAUGGCAGACACUGUCCAUCAGCUCAUCAUGCAGUAUACCAGCAGCAAUGCGAUUGCUGUCAUUGCCACGGUCAGUGAGCUGCAGACGCUGAACAAGCGGCUCAGUGCGCCACGUGGUCGACAUCUGUUUCAAACCGUGGCCCGGCUGCCCAGCUUAGAGCGCGCCGAUCGUGAGAUGAUAUUGCGCGAGCUCUGCAGUCAUAUUGCGUCCAGGGACUUGGAUGUGGUCAAGUUCUCGAACCUAACGGAAGGCUAUCGCAAGUGCGAUCUUGUGCAAUUUGUGGAGCGAGCCAUUUUCUACGCCUAUCGCAUUAGCAAAGCUCAGCCGCUGUUAACGAAUGAUCAGCUUAUAGAAUCCCUGGAACACACGAAUUCCUACUGCCUGCAGGGUAUCCAAAGCAACCAAAAGACUGGCGCCGAUGCGAAUGCCAAUGAAAUGCGCGUGGAGGAGCUGCCCGGACUGGAGCCUGUGGUCAGUGUGCUUGAGGAGGUGCUCAUGUGGCCAUCAACGUAUCCCACGAUAUUCAAUGCAUCGCCUUUGCGCAAUCAGGCUGGAGUCCUGCUCUAUGGCCCGCCUGGAACGGGUAAAACGUUUUUGGUAUCACAGCUGGCCAGCUGCUGGAGUCUGCGCAUUAUUUCCGUCAAGGGACCCGAGUUGCUGGCCAAGUACAUUGGCCAGAGUGAGGAGAAUGUGCGCAAUCUGUUCAAUAGGGCGCGCAGUGCGAAACCCUGCGUUCUCUUCUUCGACGAAUUUGACAGUUUGGCGCCAAAGCGUGGCCAUGACUCCACGGGCGUGACAGACCGUGUGGUCAACCAGUUGCUCACCGAACUGGACGGCGUGGAGGGGCUGCAGGGCGUAACGGUUAUAGCGGCCACGUCGCGACCAGAGCUGCUCGAUCCGGCGUUGCUGCGCUCCGGACGCAUUGAUCGCCUCGUGGAGUGCCCGCUGCCGGAUGCAGUGGCGCGCGUGAGCAUCUUCGAGGCGCUUAGCGCAACGCUCAAUCUGGAUGAGUGCGUGGACUUUGAUUGGUUUGCGGGCAGAACACAAAACUACACUGGCGCCGAUAUACAAAGCAUUCUGACCUCGGCAAACAUGGCAGCGGUUAAGGAGGCGCUGGCACAAUUCGGACAUGAGAAGCUGCCAAAGAAAAUUUUAGUGAAGCAAAAACAUCUCGUCGAAUCGUAUCAGACGACGCGCCCAUCGCUCAGCGCCACCGAUGUAUCCAAAUAUAAGAAAACGUACGCACGCUUUACGAACAAGGAGAAGAGCUCCAGGGAGUUUGUGGCCAAACGGGCCACCUUGGCGUAGCUCUAAAGACUAAGAAACUAAGCUAAAAGAUAUAAUUAUAUAAAACCGAAGUUCGGUUUUUAAUGGGA